GGAGCUUCUCCUUGGGGAGCUGCUGUGAAACAGGGAGGAACACUAGGAAUUAAGGCACUGACACGUAAUCUUGCUUUAGCAAAGGCGUGUUUUAUAUCAUACCAUAUUUAAAAUUUUAACCAGAAAAGCCAGGCUUAGAUCAACAGUGUUGUCUUACUGAUGGAUUGGAACAAGAAGCACUACUGCAGAGCUGUAAAUACUGCAUGCAAAAAGAGAAAAUAAUUUGGAUUUUAGAGAUUUUUGGGCAUUCUACAAGACAAACCUGUUAGUGCAGAUAUUUUCUAACUACUACUUGCUUAUGGGUUCAUUUUUUUAUCCUCCGGUGAUUAAGAAUAUAAAGAAAAAACUUUAUUCUUCAGGAUACAGUAUUCUGGUUUGCUUCUGAAAGAGAAGAAUCACUGCAGUGCUUUUCCUAUGGAAUGAAAUAAGUUGGAGAAUAAACAAAGCUAUUAUUACUGAGAAGAAAGAUUUCACAGAAUCCAGGAACACAGAUUUGGUGCAUGUUGCCUUAUUUGCUUUGAUUGAGACAGUAUUAACCGUUGUGCUACCCCUGCAUGUCCGUGCCAGGUGCCUGAGGAUGCAUGUAAAUGUCUGUACAUUCUGAGCCAGAAAUCUAAACGCCUUUAUUUACUGUGAUUUGCUUGUUAAAGUGAACAUUUUAAAGAGCACUGUUAAUUAUUUAGAACAAUACUGUUAAGCUCCUGGAACCUCCUGAUUUCAGUUUAUAAAGUGUUUUGGAAAAGCUGCCUGCAUAUAACACUGCAGUGAUGUAUGAUUUGUAAAAAGAAACUUAACAGCAUCUUGUCAACAUACUCAUCCUUGUGGCUCUGGUUUCAAAAAGAAACUACCCUUUGCAGCCUAGGAAAUGGCUUUCCUUGUUCGCUGUUAUGCCAAUUGUCUUCAGCCAUGGGCCUCCAAACUUCCAGCUGAUCUUACCAAGAUGCAUCUCACAGACAGCCCUCAUCCACAGGUGACUCAUGUGUCUUCCAGUCAAUCUGGGUGCAGCAUUGCUAGUGACUCUGGAAGCAGCAGUCUAUCUGAUAUCUAUCAGGCUACAGAGAGUGAGGUAGGAGAUGUAGAUUUAACACGUCUUCCAGAAGGACCUGUUGAUUCUGAGGAUGAAGAAGAGGAAGAGGAAGAGAUUGAUCGAACAGAUCCAUUGCAGGGGCGAGAUCUUGUUCGAGAAUGUCUUGAAAAAGAACCUGCAGACAAAACAGAUGAUGACAUUGAACAGUUACUUGAGUUUAUGCACCAGCUUCCCGCUUUUGCAAACAUGACCAUGUCAGUAAGGAGAGAGCUUUGCUCAGUGAUGAUUUUUGAAGUGGUAGAGCAAGCUGGAGCUGUUAUUCUUGAAGACGGGCAAGAGCUUGAUUCGUGGUAUGUGAUUUUGAAUGGUACUAUAGAAAUUAGUCAUCCAGAUGGAAAAGUUGAAAAUCUCUUUAUGGGAAAUAGUUUUGGAAUUGCUCCCACUCUGGAUAAGCAGUACAUGCAUGGAAUUGUCAGGACUAAAGUAGAUGAUUGUCAGUUUGUCUGCAUAGCCCAGCGGGAUUAUUGGAGAAUUUUAAAUCAUGUGGAAAAAAAUACCCAUAAAGUUGAGGAAGAGGGAGAAAUUGUUAUGGUACAUGAGCACCGGGAAUUAGACCGGAGUGGAACCAGGAAAGGACACAUUGUAAUCAAGGCAACACCUGAGCGUCUCAUCAUGCAUUUAAUAGAAGAGCAUUCUAUUGUGGACCCAACUUACAUAGAAGAUUUUCUGUUAACUUACAGGACAUUUCUUGAAGGUCCUUUGGAUGUUGGAAUUAAGCUAUUAGAAUGGUUUAAGAUUGACAGUUUAAGAGAUAAGGUGACGAGGAUUGUAUUAUUAUGGGUAAAUAAUCAUUUUAAUGAUUUUGAAGGUGAUCCUGCUAUGACUCGAUUUCUAGAGGAAUUUGAAAAAAAUCUGGAGGAUACAAAAAUGAAUGGUCAUCUCAGGCUGUUGAAUAUUGCCUGUGCUGCAAAGGCUAAGUGGAGACAAGUUGUGCUGCAAAAGGCUUCCCGUGAGUCACCUCUGCAUUUCAGCCUAAGUGGAGGAAGUGAAAAAGGAUUUGGUAUUUUUGUUGAAGGAGUUGAACCUGGUAGCAAAGCUGCUGAUGCAGGACUGAAACGUGGUGACCAGAUAAUGGAAGUAAAUGGACAAAAUUUCGAAAAUAUUACAUUUGUGAAGGCUCUUGAAAUUUUGAGGAAUAAUACUCAUCUUGCAGUUACUGUGAAGACCAACAUUUUUGUGUUCAAAGAGUUACUUAGUAGGACUAAACAAGAGAAAUCUGGUGUUCCGCAUAUUCCAAAAAUUGCUGAAAAAAAAAGUAAUCGUCAUUCAAUCCAAGAUGUACCAGGAGAUAUUGAACAGACAUCACAGGAGAAAGGACAUAAGAAAGUUAAAGCAAAUACUGUUUCAGGUGGAAGAAACAAAAUCAGGAAGAUUUUGGAUAAAACACGGUUUAGUAUCUUGCCUCCAAAGCUAUUUAGUGAUGGAGGCCUGAGCCAGUCACAGGAUGACAGCAUUGUGGGAACGAGACACUGUAGACACAGCCUGGCUAUAAUGCCUAUUCCUGGAACACUCUCAUCCAGCAGCCCUGAUCUCCUUCAGCCAACCACCAGCAUGUUGGACUUUUCCAACCCUUCAGAUAUUCCUGAUCAAGUUAUAAGAGUUUUCAAAGCUGAUCAACAAAGUUGCUACAUUAUCAUCAGUAAAGACACUACAGCCAAAGAAGUAGUUUGUCACGCUGUCCAUGAGUUCGGUUUGACUGGUGCAUCUGACACCUACUCUCUCUGUGAAGUUUCUGUUACUCCUGAGGGUGUAAUAAAGCAGAGAAGACUUCCAGACCAGUUCUCCAAAUUAGCUGACAGAAUUCAACUCAAUGGAAGGUACUAUUUAAAAAAUAACAUGGAAACAGAAACCUUAUGCUCAGAUGAAGAUGCUCAGGAACUGGUUAAGGAAAGCCAGCUGUCCAUGCUGCAGCUCAGUACCAUCGAGCUGGCCACGCAGUUGUCAAUGAGGGACUUUGACUUAUUUCGUAAUAUUGAGCCCACUGAAUACAUCGAUGACAUUUUUAAGUUGGACUCCAAAACCGGAAAUACUCACUUGAAGGAAUUUGAGGACAUUGUAAACCAAGAGACAUUCUGGGUUGCCUCAGAGAUUUUAACAGAAUCAAAUCAGCUCAAACGAAUGAAAAUUAUUAAACAUUUUAUUAAGAUUGCACUUCAUUGUCGAGAAUGUAAGAAUUUCAAUUCCAUGUUCGCAAUUAUAAGUGGCUUGAACCUGGCACCUGUAGCCCGACUCAGAGGUACCUGGGAAAAGUUACCAAGCAAAUAUGAGAAACAUCUCCAAGAUCUGCAAGACCUUUUUGAUCCAUCUAGAAACAUGGCAAAAUAUAGAAAUAUUCUUAGUAGUCAAAGCAUGCAGCCUCCAAUUAUUCCACUCUUCCCAGUUGUCAAGAAGGACAUGACAUUUCUUCAUGAAGGAAAUGACUCCAAAGUAGAUGGUUUAGUAAACUUUGAGAAGCUAAGAAUGAUUUCUAAGGAAAUCCGUCAAGUUGUUCGAAUGACUUCUGCUAACAUGGAUCCAGCCAUGAUGUUCCGACAAAGGAAGAAGAGGUGGCGGAGUCUGGGGUCAUUGAGUCAAGGCAGCACAAAUUCAAACAUGUUGGACAUUCAGGGAGGCGCUCACAAGAAAAGAGCACGUCGCAGCUCUCUGCUCAAUGCCAAGAAGCUGUAUGAGGAUGCUCAGAUGGCGAGGAAGGUGAAGCAGUAUCUGUGCAGUCUGGAUAUAGAGACGGACGAGGAGAAGUUCCAGAUCAUGUCGCUGCAGUGGGAACCUGCCUAUGGUACUUUGACAAAGAAUUUAAAUGAGAAAAGAUCAGCCAAAUCCUCUGAAAUGUCUCCAGUGCCUAUGAGGUCAGCAAACCAAAUGGUUAAAGCCCACUUGCAUCAGCCCCACAGAGUAAGCCAGGUGCUUCAAGUGCCAACUGUUAAUUUGCACCCGAUAAGGAAGAAAGGACAGGCAAAAGACCCUGUGCUGAGUACAAGUUUACCUCAGAAAGUUUUGGGACCAACUGAAGAAAUAAGUGGUAAGAAACAUACAGAAGACACGAUUUCUGUGGCGUCAUCGAUACAUUCUAGUCCUCCUGCAUCUCCUCAAGGUUCCCCUCGCAAAGGUUAUACACUUACACCAUCAACUAAAUCUGACAACUUGUCUGACUCCAGCCACAGCGAGAUUUCUUCACGGUCCAGCAUUGUGAGCAACUGUUCUGUUGACUCCAUGUCUGCAGCUCUGCAGGAUGAGCGGUGUACCUCCCAGGCUGUGGCCGUCCCUGAACCCACUGGGACGUUGGAAAAGACAGAGCACCCCUCAGGGAUGGGAGACCAUGGUCAUCUUGGACCUGGGUGGACACUUUCAAAGCCAUCUCUAAUCAAGGGUUUACCUGUCGCGUCUUCUAUGAGCAAUGAAGAGAUUUCUCAUGAGCAUAUUAUUAUAGAAGCAGCUGAUAGUGGUCGUGGAAGUUGGACUUCCUGUUCAAGCAGCUCCCAUGACAACUUCCAAAACCUUCCAAACCCCAAAAGCUGGGACUUUCUGAACUCCUAUAGACAUACCCUUUUGGAUGAUUCCAUUGCUGAAGUUGAAUCCACUGAUUGUGAGCCUUAUUCCUGUCCUAAAGGUUGCUCUAGAACUUGUGGGCAGUGUAAAGGAAGUUUAGAGACCGAUCAGUUGAGACAGAGUUGGGCCUCCUCCAGUUCUCUGUCUGACACAUAUGAACCAAACUAUGGGACAGUUAAAAGGAGAGUUUUGGAGGCUACCCCCGUCGAGUCAUCGGACCCACUUUAUAAAACAGUCACUUCAAGUACAGAAAAGGGAUUGAUUGUGUACUGUGUCACUUCACCCAAGAAGGAUGGUAGGUAUAGGGAGCCACCUCCUACUCCUCCAGGAUACAUGGGAAUUUCUUUAGCCGACCUAAAGGAAGGACCCCACCCGCACCUAAAACCUCCAGAGUAUAGUGUGGCCGUGCAGAGGUCAAAGAUGGUGCCCAGCAGCCUCUCUAGACCACCAGCCGCCUCUCUCAGUAGCAGCCCCGUGGCCUGCGUCUCAUCGAAGAUUAUAACUCGGCCUCAGAGGCAUAAUUUGCAGGCCUCCCACCCUAAACUAGCAGAUGUGGCUGAUCCAGAUAGCGAAGCAGAUGAAAAUGAACAAGUGUCAGCAGUCUAGCCUUUGAAUGACCUAUUUGGACCCUGAACAUCAAGGGGAAUGGGCAGAACCUCAUGAUUCUUCUGGCCGUUGCCAACAGAUCGCUACUACCCCUGGCCCGGAGGUUCAUGGCGUGUGCUCUGCUCCAAGCGUUGGGACGUACCCGAGUACACUUCCUUCCAUAUGGUCUCUGCAGAUGCAUAGUUCCUCAGCUUGGAUGCUGUGUCUGGAUACUGGUCUGCACUUCACACACCAGACCUGCUUUGGGACCACAUUAAAGAGCUAAUUCAAACUCAAGUGUCCUCCACGUCCCCAUGUAUAUCACUAUAGAUUUUCCUUUUACAGGUUAUUUUAAAGAUAGUGGUAUUAUUAUUUCCAAGCCAUAGCUUGGGCUAAAGGAUGAAUUUAGAAUGUCUGCUAAUACCAAGAAUAUUCUUGUGUAUUUGAAAAGUAACUUAUUAUUAUAGUGUUAUGGGUUUUUUUUUUAAGGUUUUGUUUGUUUAUUUGUUGUGUCUUUUGCAGAGCUCUUGUUAGCCAGUGUUUGUUUGGGGCCAUAAAACUGUCUCUGGUCUGACCAAACAGAAGUCAUCUCUACAGAGAUGAUGUGCUUGAUCUGUGCAGAGAUGGGAUUUCAUCUGUAGCGCCAGUACGAUGGAGGGUCUUGCUAUGAAUAGACCAGGAAGCUCUUCGCAGGUGAGGUAUUAGGAACCUACGGAUUGUGAUGCAAAAGGAACCUGCCAUGGGGUUUCUUACCAGUCCUUUUGGAAAAGGGAGAGGAAGGAGAAUAGGUAGGUAGUGACUUUAACUUCCAGAGAAUGAAAGUUGGUACUAAAUGACAUGCAUACAGAUCCUGAAGUGAAAGUCAUGCUGCAUCUAAUUGUAACUAAAAGUAGAGAGCCAAAAGAGAAUGAGCUCUAGAGAGUUCUGUUGUCUAGAAACUGUAAACUGAAAUGUGUCACAGCUCAAGUAUAGAAUUGUUUUGUAAAGAAGUAUGAUCAUAAGUGUAGAGGUCAUGAAGAUGAGCCUGACGUUGUGCGGCGUUCUGCAGCACCCCACAUCUCACAGCGCCAAGUUACGUCCAUCUUCCAAACCCUGAGCUCUCAGUAAAGGUCGAAGAACUGCUUGAAAAUUCUGUGGGAGAAGGAGGAGCCGGAAUGAUGCGAAUAAUUAUCUCUCAGUCCUCAUUUAGCCCUUGAGAGGCCAUGCCUCUCUGGCCUCUUGGGUAUGGCACUCUUAAUUUAAGUAUAAAAUUUCAACAAGUGUUUACUGGAUUAAGUGGACUUUUCACAUUUUUAUGAGUUUAAAGUAGUGUAAAUUUUUAAUUUGUUUCAGUGUAAAGGCAAGUGAAAUUCCAUAAGAUUCUGUGAUUACAAGAAAAAAAAGAAAGCCAAAGCCAAAGCCAUUAAGGUGCACUACUCUAACCAACUUGGAGCCAAAACAGAUUAUUUCAGAGUCGUUGGCUUCAUGUGGCCAUAUAAGAUUUAGUUUGUGACUUCAUUUUAAAAGUGUGUACUUUUUUAUCUACUGCUGUGUUUCUAUUUCCUGCGUAUUGUUUUUUUGAAGACAAGGUCUCACUAUGUAAUUCAGGCUGGCCUUGGAGUUAUUAUAUAGCUCAGGCUGAUCUCAAAUUGCAGUGAUCGUCCUGCCUCUGCUUCCUAAGUGCUGGAUAUACUCUUCAUUUUAAAACCAUGUCACUGCCAUGAGGUAAAUGUUAAUAGUUCAUUUUUCCCAUUAAAAUUAUUAACUCUAUAUUUUAGGGAAGAUAACACCUGUGCAAAAUCGCUCUGGGGAAAAAAAUACUAACAUGAGACUUAAGCCUUAGAAGUUAACCCAGGUAUGUUAAAAAUAAAGCUGCAUGGCUCCACAGUUUUCUUGGUCCUCUGAAGUGAAAAGUUGCCUGAAUCCAAACCCUGGCUUGAAAGUCACACUGUAGUGAUUUGGCUUAUGAACUGUGGUCCUCUGAGUCUAGGCUUUUUAUUCACUGAUUUACAUAUUAUUGUUUUCAUGUCCAGAGCAAAACAAAAAUGAAAAGUAUUUUUGCUAUAACCACCUUUUUAAUCAAGUUUGGGUAUUCUCACUUUUAUAUACAUUACUUCAGAAAGAAUGUGCUAUUAUUUGCACUGCAUCUCCUUAUUUAGCACGUUUUCAAACCAAAUGGAAGCCUUACUUAUCUGUGUCCUUAAUGGUGUGAAUAAUACCUGCACAGAGAGCUGAGGCCUGUGGUUUUGGACUUGCACCAUAUUGCUGCCUUCGCUGUAUGUGGCUUUAACUGUGAGUAUUCAGAUCAGCUGGUCACAUUGAUCAGGGACUAAAACCAAAUGCUUUGCAGUUUGAUGCCCUUAAAAAUAAACUCUUGAUUUUUAGAAUCUUAAUUUAGGGUACAUUUCUGCCAUUUCUUAGUUUAUCCUAAGACUAGAACAAUGAAGCCUUAACCUGUGUGUUCUCCAAUUCCAAAUCUCCUUUUUUAUUGUCAUUUCAAACUUAUGAUCAUGUUGAAGACAUUGUUGCCUUCUCUUCCCACCAUAACUUGACACCAAGCCUGCUGAAGCAGCAGACCCUCAGUGCAGAGUUUGGCCAGCUGCUGAACCAGAGAAUCAGUAGGUCCAAUACAUGCUUCCAUUAAAGUUUAUUAUAAUUAAUAGGCUCUCACUGCCACCAAGUUAUUACUUGGGGAAGAAAACUCCCGUGGGUUUCAUGAGGGUGACAGCCACAUCACCUCCCUGGCUGGGAGCAGAGGUAAUCAUGGAAUUUCUAAGAACAGACCUAGAAAAGUGUUAUCAAGUGUUCUUUCACCUACAAAAAAGAGGAGAAAAUAUUCCCUUAUUUAGUUAAAACGGUGAUUGUUACUUGGGUAGAAAUGUUUCUGCAAAACAUGUUAUAGCAUAUGUAUCCAUUUAGCAAUUAAAGGCUAGAAAAAAGGAUAAAUCUUCAGAAAAGUGUCACAGUUACAGUACAUUUUCAGAUUUAAAUUUGAACCCCGGUUCAUCUUUAGCUUUUGUUAUGCUUUUUAAAAAGCUUCUUUAUUUUAAUAUACAGAAUGCAGAUGAAUUUGAUCUAUUAAAAUUGAAAUGUGUAAGCUUAUCUUAAAAAGACAAAAUUGCACAGUUGUAAUAAUCAAAUAGCAAUUGUACUGCACAAUUCAGUGAUUGUAAGGUAUCCUGUAACAAGCAAUGUUUGUCUCCUACUUUUUGAUACCUCUUAAAACUUAUGUCUUUUAGAAAGACAGUGCCUCUGUAUGCUUUUUGUAUUUUUACUGAGUGUAAAUAUUUGUUAUAUUUUUGGUUAAGAGAAUGUAAAAGUACCAUUUAUUAUUAUCAUAUCUACUAAUACUUUGGUGGAAUCAAUAAAGGAUCUACAUUAACCUCCGCAGUUUAUUGUGAAUAUACGGAACAGGUGGAAUAAUUACACCUGCUGGCUCAGGAGUGCCAGCCUGGGACUCGUGUUGCUAUGAGGCUUUUUGUUUGGUUUUUUUUUUGAGACAAGGUCUUCCUUUGUAGUUCAAGCUGAACUUCAAAUGGCUCUGUGGCCCGGGCAGGCCUCGAACUCAUGGCAACCUUCUGGCCUCAGCCUCCUGUGUGCUGGGAUUACAGGCCUGAGCCACCACACCGAGUGAAGCCUUUGUUUUUAGGCCUCCAGAAAACUUGAAAUGGUGCGUUAUUAUUCACAGAAUCUGUGAAACACCGACUACAUCCUAUUUGUCAGAACUGUGUGGUAUGAACAGCCUUAAGGAAAUGUGGAAAGUUGUCUCUUCCAUCUGGGUGAUUGACAACCCAGACAAAAUCAGAAUGCUUGGCAAUGAAAAGGGGAAGAGCGAAUAUCAAUCAAACUUGCAGCUAGUUGGCCUCCCACAGCAUGCCUGCUGCCUUACUCUCUGGGACUGUACGAUAAUGAAGGCAUUUUAUUUUAUGGGUUCACACCCCAGGACCUUGGCAAGGAAGAAAUUGUACUCUAACACCCUUUGUAAAAUCUUCCAGUCUGCCUCUGCACCCAGGACAGGUUACUCCUGUGAUAGCCGGGUCUUCUGCAUUCUCUGAGUUUAGUUCAUUCCUUUAUUUGGAAAACAAUAAUCCCAAGAACUUGUAUUUGGGGAAAGGGUCUUCGCAGCUGUAAUUCAGUUAACCACUUUGAGAUGCAGAGAUUACUUUGCAUUUUCUGUGGAGCCUCCAUGCCAUCACCAGCAUCCUCGUGAGAGGCAACCUGAACACUGGCAGGAGAAGCCAUGCAGACAGCGGAGAGAUGUGGCCACCACUCUGCAGAACAGGAUUCUCCUGGAGCCUGCAGAGGAAAUUCUGCUCUGUGGGCAUUUUUGCUUCGAAUUUCUGGCCUUCUCAACUGUGAGAUGUCCCUCACUUUCAGAUGUGGUGGUCUGUAAGUCCCCCCGAGGAACCGGCUUCUACUGCUGCCCACACCUGGAACGCGCUGGAUGAUGCAAAGAGAGGAGCUGGCCUGUGCAACAGCCUUUGGCCUGUUUUCCUCAUGUGGACAUUCAGUCCCGAUGAUCAAACUCAGGACCCUGCGCUUGAAGGGCCGUAAGCCACUGACCUACAUCCCCGGCCUCAUAGGCCUGGAUUUGGGUGGUUACGGGCCCUCCAAUUCUGCAUGGCCUUUAAAACCCGAACUACACACAGCACCCGCCACACGAACAUCAUUUCUUCAGAUACUUUCUUUCUUCACAAUUUCCUUUUAAAGUUUUGGAUAUAAGGUAAGGACAAAGUUAUCCAAACUUUUGUAAUACUCUGCGUGGUAUUUCUCUCAUAGAUCUUUCUGUCUUUAGAAGAGUGUGUGGUGGUCUUGUGAUGUGGCUGGCUACGCCUCAUGGACCUGCCCCCACCUGUCCCUCAGCCUGGUGAGACGCAGCUCUCCACAGACAACUUGUCUCUCUGGUCGGACAACCGCCUCUGUCUUAAAUUCCCUAAACAUUCUGUGACAACACAAUUCCCAACUGCAUUUCAGAUUGUUUAAAUCCUUCCUGUUCUGAGAAGAGGCUGCAUGCAGCACAGGUAAAUGUGUAUGAGGUACUCUGGUGAACAGAGGCCAGUCUGGGAAACACAGUGAGACCCGUCCCUUGACACACGGUGUCUAAUACAUUCGCUGGCCGUGGUGCUGCACGCCCGUAGUGCGAUCUGCACAGUAUCGGAAUCCCACCCUGGCAACUUGGCAAGAUCCUCCCUCACUGUGCAAUGGCUGAGGUGCUGCUCAGCACAAAGCCACUGGCGGGCUCAGUCUCACAAAGCACAAUUUGCCUUGUGUUACUUCUUCCCUCGGUCCCCUGAACAAUUUUACCCUACUUCAUAUGAUUUUAUUUUCCUAACAUUUAAGUUUCAUUUUGAGUAGAAAUUUGUUAAGUUAUAGCAUAAACUGUGAAGUGACAGAUUGUAAUUAGAUAUUUAAAUCAUCUUUUAAAGCAAAAAGUGAUGUACUGUGUUUUGCAUAAUAGGAGCCAUCACUAAAAAUGUCAAGAAGGUGCUCUAAGUGAAUAAUUCAGGUGAGUCCUUAAAAAACAAAUUUAAAAAAACUAGGAUUGAAGGAAAACAUUUAUUGAAUCAAAAUCAAUACUUUCUUUUUAAUAUCUACAAGCCAACACUGAAUUCACUUUAUUCAAGAAUGAACACAAUGUACAAAAAAAGUAUGCUUAUAUUAUAAAAAUAUGUCAAUUUUAUCUUCUGGGUGCUGAGCAGAAGUCAUUUUAAACAAAAUCAAGGCAAACUUGUUCUCUAUAAUGAAACCUCUCCAAUUUCCUAACAGAAGUGAAAGCCAAUGUAAAGCCCACCGAUGCUGCUGCCCUAGAAAU